AGAUCAUGACCUGAGCCAAAGCCAGAGGCAGCUGCCACCCGGGCGCCCCGUCCUUUACGUUUCAAAUGGGACAAAUGGGGCAGUGACGAGAAGCCCCCGCUGGCAGAUGCAUCAUUAUGACUGAGACUUCCUGACGUCUGCAUCAUCAAAGGGCCUGCUGAUGUCACCCCCCACAGAGCAGGGGACAGCGUCCGGCCUGUGGCCUCACGAACACCCAAAGACAGUGCUUGGGAAGCACCCAGCUUGUCCCUUACAUCGCCCCCGUCCAGGAGACCAUGAACUGCAAGAGAAAGAUGCUGUUACUGAUUUCGUGUGUUAUACACUACGUGUUGCUCGAGUAUCAUCUCAGCACGUCCCAGCACGAUGGAAGCAAGUUGCCUGAUCUUGUAGGAGCACAACAAAACUCGAGGUGAAUCGUGUGUUUAGAAGAGAGUUAAAGACGGACACCCGAGUCUUUCUCCAGCCCGUCUCCGUUAACCGCGGCAAAGCCGCUCGGGCGGUGAAUGAGGGCGUCAGACCUGCCGUCUCGGUGCACAGCCUCUAAUCUGGGCCUACUGGGGGUUUUGGAUGAAGUGGGAGAACUGCGGCUCUCAGACUGGUUUAAUCCUAGAAAACGCCCUGACGUUCUAACGACCACAGACUGGCUUGCUCCGGUUAUAUGGGAAGGCACUUUCGAUAGGCAGAUGCUGGAAGACUACUAUGGAGCACAGAACCUCACCGUAGGCUUGGCUGUCCUUGCUCCUGGCAGGAUUGCAGAUCGGCACCUGGAGCUGUUCAUGCGAUCGGCCAGUGAGCACUUCCUGACCGGUGACAGGGUUGUCUUUUACAUCCUGGUCGAUGCCGUCUGCAGGCGGCCCCACCUGCAGCCGGGGCCUCUGCGGACAUUCCAGGUAUUCAGCAUCGGAGGAAAUGGCCGGGACGACUUUCACCUCACGCACAUGAAGAAUUUCGCUGCGCACAUAGAAGGGCACAUUCGGGACGAAGUUGACUUUCUCUUCAGCAUGACGGCCAAUAGGGUCUUCCACAAUGACUUUGGGGUGGAGACCCUGGGCACGUCCGUGGCUCAGCUCCAUGCCUGGUGGUUUAAAGACACGGAGGACCUCCCUUACGAGAGGACACCCAGAGCAGCGGCGUGCAUCCCGUUAGGACAGGAGGACUUCUAUGAUGGCGCGGUCAUUGGCGGCACGCCCCCGGAGAUGUUAAAUUUCAUCAACGAAUAUCUGGACGUUAUUCGCGACAAGGAAGAUGGGCUGAACAGCACCUACGAGAGACACCUGAACAAGUAUUUCAUCCGCAAGCCCUCCAAGCUGCUGUCUCCGGAGUACAGCUGGGACACGGCGCUGUGGCCCCCAGGACAGGUUUGGUUGGUCAAGGCAGCGCAGUGCUCCCAGACGGGCUUCUGACUCGCCGGCCCCUCCUGCGACCGACCGCGGUGAUUCCUGAGCACAGAGGGCGUCCGAAAGCUCUCCUGGUUUCCGGGGCGUAA